AUCGCGAUUCUCGGUGUCCAGCUCCACCCACCAUCUGAUCUCACGGAAUCAGUCAUGAGCGAAGAAGUAACCAAAGAAAAUGAUGCGGCCACAACAAUGUCGGAAGACUUGGAUCGGUCGGUUUCCCUGUUGGAGACCGCUCCGGAUCAAGCCAAAUCCAUUCUGGAAGACCUACAGCUCAGGAUCGCUCAGAUUGGACUUUUCUCCCGCAACGAAAACUUGGACGACAUUGCUACGAAAAGUUUACCUUUUCUCUGCUUGGAGCACUACUUGGCGGUUGCUCUAACCUCAAUACCCGGUACGAGCAAUCCAUCUUCUCCAAAGAUGUCGGUACCGGAAUGGAGCUUAACAAGCCGACUCCGAAAUUUACACCGCGCUUGCGAUCUGUGGGACUCGUUUCUACAGAGCUUACAACAACUCGAGUUCUUGGAAGCCCGCGACCAGCGAGAUUUGGAAACCUUGACCGAGUUGUCAGCCUCGACGGGAGGAGAGAAAGAAGCUCUUUUGAUGACUAUGCCGUUUGAUCGGGAUACGAAAAUUGCUCGUUUCAAAGCCAAGCAAGAAGCGCAGGGCGAGAAAGCACGACUUUUGGCACUGAAGAAAAGAAGAACCCGAUUGGGUGUUGCGGAAACGGAGGAAUUGGUCGGUUACGAUGAGGAAUCAUUGGAACGAACGGUCGCACUACACACAAUUCGCAUCUGUAUCUCUGAAGCCAUUGAUGAAUGGGCCAACACUUUGCGUGAGCUUCCCAUGCUGCGACGCAUGCUUGCCUCUCAAGAAGAUCAAGCGGCCCAAGAUCGGCACCGGGGUAUCGAUCCCCGUGCCUCGCAGGAUCCACGCGAGCAGCAGCAUCGUCCGCCUCCGUCAUCCUAUCCGUUGAAGGUCACACACAUCACCAAAGACAACAGUGGACAAUUGCAGAUCAGAAAAGAAGACAUAAAGUCGCAAGUGUUCCGUCCAGGAUGGAACCAACCAACUAUGUCUCUGGAAGAACUGGCAGAAAUGGAAGUCGAACAAGCUAUGGAGCGCGACGUCAAGCAGACUGAAGCCCAAAUUUUAAAUGCUCGCGCACCGCGCCGUUUUGACCAGCUCGUCAAGGAUGGUCUCGAAGACGAUAUGGAAUUGGUGGAGGCAAGUGCAGCACUAGAUCGCAAUUGGGACAAUUGGAAAGACGAAAAUCCUAGAGGAAGCGGCAACAAGCGAGGAGAUGUAGGCGAUCGUAACUUCUAG